GCUGGGGCUUAUCGUGAUUUUUUUAAUAGUUUUUUUUAAAGGGUAGACAAUAAGCGUAUGGAAAACGGAGUGGAAAAUGGCUUAUUGCCCGAUAGCGACCAACUAGGAGCGCGUGAAAAUCAAAUGGGCAGCAGCACAGACGGUGAGGGCGAAGGCGAGGGCGAUUCGACGCCUCAGCCGCAACAAACAACAAAUGACGAUGUAAGUGAUGGCGAAGUGGAUGGGGAGCGCGAUUUGUCUGUGUCGGAUGCGGCUGAGGCAGAAGCCGAAGCAGAAGCGGACGCAGAGGUAGCCCCAGCUGAAAAUGUACCACCGUGUAGAAUUUCCAUUUUGGAGGACAGUCUGUGCGAAAAAGACGUUGAUAGCGAUGUGCCCGAUGACGAGAAUGAUGAUGAGGCCAAAGAGAACUACGAGGGAUUCAACGGCACUGGACGCACAGUCACAUUACAAACGUUAAUGGCCGCCAAUGUCCUGCAGCCCGGAAAAUCGCUGAUGACUAUUGAUUAUCUUGGGCAGAAAUUUGUGGGCGAUUUACUGGCGGAUGGUAAAAUAAAAUCACAAGAGACUGAAACCAUAUUUCUAACACCCAGUGCGUGGGCCAUGCACUGCAAGCGUAUCAUAAACCCCGAAAAGAAAAGCGGCUGCGGUUGGGCAUCCGUCAAGUAUAAAGGGAAGAAACUUGAUGCCUAUAAAAAUACCUAUUUGAGAAAGUGUGCUUUGCAAAAGGAGUCGACACCUGAAGACGGUGACCCAGAUGCAGAACGCAAGACCGAUUCGCCAGAUCUUGUUAUAAAACGGGCAGUAUUUCCGCACAAUACUGUAGCCAAUCGCAAUAUAAUUCAUGAUGCCAAUAUGCUGAUUGAGGCCGUUCCAUUCACAUCGGUUGGCAAAUUACAACCAUUUUUGUUAAGCAUCACCUCCUCCGCUCUGUUGUUGGCCGACUUUCAUUGCCAUUUGACGGUGCGUGAGGUUUGCGGCUAUCUGGGUGGCACCUGGGACAUGAACACGCACACAUUGACAAUUACGAAAUCAUAUCCGUGUCGUAAUACACGCUUUGAUCGCCAACGUGCCGGGGAAGUAGAGCGUGAUAUACAGAAGAUGAUGAUACAAGAUCAAGUAUUGCUCGUUGGCUGGUAUCACUCGCAUCCCAAGUUUCAAGCUGAACCCACUUUACGCGAUUGCGACGCACAGCUCGACUAUCAAAUACGCAUGCGUGGCGUUAGUGAUCUCACGUAUACGCCAUGUGUUUCAUUAAUUAUUUCACCCUACUAUGAAGAGAAUCCUACUUUAGAAUCGGUGGUCAAGUGUAUAUGGAUAGUGCCACCAAAUGAAAAUAAACAGUCCAUGGAAUAUGGUCGACCGAUGCUAAUGCAAUAUUCUGUGCUGCCAGAUAAAGAGAUACCAGAGGAGGUGCGCACUGAAAUACAGUCCUGCGUCGAUUACUAUACACAGUUUCGCGGCGAGAUUGUCAAAUUUCGAAAUAUUUACAACAAUGAUGUAACCUACAACGAGAAAUUAAAGAACACGCUCUAUCCGAAGUUUCCAUCCAAGCAAAAUGAUAAGGCGUUAUGGAAUUGGUUAUGUGCCGUCUUGGACUGUGAGCAGGAGGACGAUUUUAUACCACCGAAAACCAUUAAAAUUAUUGACAAUGAUAAAGACGACGUGGUAGUAAAAACAGAGACGCAGCCGCAAGCCGAAUCAGUUAAUGAAAUAAAACUGGAACAACAGCCCAAGGAGGAGCCUUUAGGCGAGAGUAUUCAAUUGAAUGCUGUUGAUGAUGUGGCACGCAAAACAGAGGAGGAAACCUCUCUGCAAGCCGAACAAAAAGCCAGUGAACUGAAAGUAAUGUCGCUGCAGGAGCAGCUUUGCAUGCCCUCGGGGCUUAAUAUGAAUCCAGUGCGCAUGUUGUCACCGUUGGCCACGCCAAAUCCUACGAAUCACACGCCAGCUGCUGUGCCAACUGCCGUGGCGCCAUCCAUGCCGCUGAAUGCAGCAGUAAGCCAACUACUUCCGCCACAGACGCCGGCUACGAACAGUGGACUUGGCGCUGCAGUACAGUCUGCUUCUCCGCGUGACAGUCCAACAAGCAUACAGUUACAGUCGAAUGCUGCUAGUCCCGCCAAGUUUGAGCUGCCUGUGCGUGCCUCGCCGUCGCCAGCCAAAUCAGAUGCAUCAUCGCACACAUCCCGCACACGCAAUUCGCCAGCGCCAAGUCCAGGCAAGUUCAGUGUCAGUGAUAUUGCGCGAAAUAGCCCGAGCAUAACACCCAACAAAUAUGAUUUGACCACACCGCUGGUACCACCGUCAGCUGCGUGUUUGCCUACGGCCAACGAUCUAAUGGCGGCCAGCUUGGCACAGCUGGCUGGCCAAUUGCCGCCCAAUUUCCUUCAAGCCGAUUUAGCAGCACUUUUCCAACAGCAACGCAAAGAUUAUGGCAGCUCGUCGCUCAAUCAACUGGCUGCAGCGGCAGCCAAAGUUGGUGGCUCCAAGCAGACAAGCAAUGCGGCGGCGCUGGGCAAUCUGAGUGAUCCCAAUGUGGCAGCGGCAGUGGCUGCCUAUUCUAACAGUUUCAACAUGCCACUGCCGUCAGGCAGCAAUAACAGCGGAAGUGGCAGCAAUAACAAUGGUAAUAAUAAUGCCGGCAGCAAAUCUAAGAUGGAUCGCUCCAAGUCUUCAGCUUCCUCGUCAUCAUCCAACUCAAGCUCAUCUUCAAAUUCUUACAAAACAAAGCUAAUGAAAGAGCUGGACGAGCUCAAGAACGACCCUUUAAAGAUGAGCGAACUGAUACGCUCGCCCGAGUAUGCUGCGCUGCUGCUGCAGCAGGCAGAGGCCUUGGGCGCUACGACACUGGGAACCCUAGGAUUUAGCUCAGAUUUGAAUUAUCUAACGGGCAAUCAACAAGUUGCAAAUCCAACAAGCAGCAAGUCUUCAAAAUCUACAUCAGCGACAGCGUCGUCAGCUUCGGCAGCAGCAGCUGCGGCUGCUCUCAGCGCCGACUACAACAAUCUAAUACAAGCAUCCAAACUUUUGGGCUAUGAUUCCUACAUGCAACAGCAGAGCAAACAAAGCAAUGAUUUAAACGUGUUCCUACAGCAACAAAUGGCUGCAGUUGCGGCUGCAUCGAUACCGCCGCCCCCUGUUGCUAGUAGCAGCAGUUCAAAAAAACAGCAGCAACAGCAACAGCAGCUUCAACAGCAAUCAGCAGCCCAGGCGGACUACACAGCACUGCUCCAGACCUAUACGAAACUAUUUGAUCCGAAUAAUCAGUUUGCCGCAGCUAUGGCCUCAACUGGCAGCAAACACAUGAGCGGUGCCCACAAUGAGUUAUCCGCUUUACUUGCUGCUGGCGCAGGUGGCAUGGCCACGACUGGUAGCGGCGGCGCUGUCAGUUUGAAGCAAAAGCAAAAGGAUAUGCAGUCUGAUAUGCUGAAUCAGCUGCUGCAAUUGGAAAAGCAAGACUCGGAGAUUAAGGCGCUAUUAUAUCGCCAGAAUAAGGCGGCUGCUGAUCUCGAUGCGCUCUUUGCAACGCCAUCGGGUGCUGCUGCUGCUGUGGCAGCUGCUGCGGGCAAUGCCACGAAAUCAGGCAGCAGCAGCUCAGCAGCAGCAGCUGGCGGAAUCGCAACAGGUGUACCAUCUCCAUCAACACUAUCUAAUUCGGCUGCCUACUACAAUGCACUUGCGCAGGAGAAAAUGCAAGAUUAUGCGGCAUUCUUUCAACAGCAGCACGGCAAGUACGGAAUUCCGGAUCCACUGUCAAAGUCAACGCUAGCGGCUAAUAAUAUGUUUAUGUCACCAUCGGCGCUGUUUAAAAUACAGCAAGAAUCCUUAUCGGCCAUGAUGAUGAAACCGCCAAAAUCAACCACACCGUCGUCAGCGCGUACCAGAGAGUCGUCAGCAUCGCCGGCACUGGAACGCCUCACGCCCACCAAGUCCAUCACCAGCAGCGCCGGUGGCGGCAAUUCGAACUCCGGCAGCAAAUACAAUUUUAGUGCCGUCGAUUUGGCCAUAUCAAGCGUGCCCUCGAACACGCCAUCUCCAGCGCCAUCUGAUGGCAGUAGCGGUUCCUCGCAUCGGCGUCCAUCACCAGACUUAAGUCGCCUUUAUAGCGAAUUGGCGCCUCCGGGUGCACUUCUGGGAAAUGCCUUGCCGAAAAAGCGCAUGGAGUUUGCCUCGGUAGCCGAUUUGGCUGCGCCGCCGCCGGCCAAGAUACCGAAAAAUAAUGUGGGCGAUGAUGUUUUAAAUUUAUCACACGAUUAGGCGAGGCGAUUUGGGUGCUGCUCCUAUCAACCGCAUGUCCCAGUGAAUGCAGUAUUUCCUUAUCAGUAUCUACCCUUAAAUGCACCAGAGCAUUCAAUUAUAUAUAUAUAUAUAUAUAGCAUGAGACGCGAAUCUCCUAAGCUCCAAGUAAAAGGCAAAUUAAUAAUUUAAAUUGUAAACACCUGUUAAAUAAGAAUCGCAUUCUACUCGUAUUUGAGAUUGUGGACACACGAGCAUUUGUUGCAGGAGAUUGUAUGUACAAUGAAGUAGAAUUAGAAGAGGUGAAAAAAAAGAGUACAGUAUUUGGAGAGUUGAAUUUGAAACCUGUUUAAGAGCAAUUGCAUCUGCCUAGAGGAACAUAUUUUCUAUCCGAUAUAAAGACCAUGGAACACUCGAUGACAUUCACAUACUGCAUUGCUGAUCAUCAUUGUAACAAAUUUUAUAUACUUGUUUUAAAAUGAAAAAUGAAAACUUACCAGAAAUCUGUAGAUAAAUGUACGCAUUUAGUCCAUAAACUGUUGUUGUCUGCAACUGGAAUAUGCAAAAGUUUCUUAAGCGCUUGAUGUCUUUAAACAUAUUAUUUAUAAACUAUUUUAGGUUUAAUUACUGCACAAAGGUACUUUAAGUAUUUUAAAAUAGUACAUAUACAGACAAACAUACAUUAUAAACUGUAAUA